GGCGGUAAUGUACAAAUACGCAGUUCUAGCAGACGGACAAGAAGAAGAACGACGACUGCUCCUGAUUCAUGAAUAGCGGCUAUUAAAAGGUACUGAGUGCCGAUGAUAAAUAAUUAAAAUAAGCAGACGUUAACUCGAUGAUCCAAUCAGAGUCUGUGUGUCAUUCUAAGAGCUUCAAGCCCCUCCCCUUCAGGUGAAGACAGGAAGACGGAACCUGUGAUGGACCGCACAGACUACACAAGGCUGGAGCUGAGAUCCAGUUUGAUUAAAAGUGAAGACGCAGAGGAGAGUAUAGAGAGGAAGAAUGGAUGUGGACUGAGCAGGGAGGAAGAACUAAUUCUCUCCAACAUAAAGGAAGAGGAGGAAGAUGGUGUGACCGAUGAAGUGGUUGAAAGGAAUGACUGGGACGCAGAAAGUGAGGGGGGUGAACAGGGGGAGGGAGAUGUAAACGACCAGGCCCUCCAGACUGACAGGAUAUCAGAUGUCAAGCAGGAAGAGGAAAGCAUGGUUACUUCCUUUGUAAUCGAAGAGUCUACAGUACCCUCCCUUGGAUCUCCUGUCAUCCCCUCCAGAGCUGGGAAAACAGGGCACCCUGAGGCGUUUGCCUGCUCCGAGUGUGAGAAGAGCUUCAAGACUCUGUCUCAGUUGACCGUACACCAGCGAACCCAUACGGGGGAACGUCCAUACCACUGCACCGAGUGUGGGAAGAGUUUUAAGAGUUCAUCAAACUUGGCACUACACCGGCGGACCCAUAGAGAUGAGCGCAUGUACUACUGCUCCCAAUGUGGACAGACAUUCCGCCAUUCCAACAGUCUGAAGUUACACCUGCAUCGUCAUACAGGGGAGCAGCCAUACCAGUGCUCAGAGUGUGGGGAAACCUUCAAGCAUCCCAACAGUUUGAAGUUGCACCAGCGCCAUCAUACAGGGGAGCGUCCAUACCAAUGCUCCGAGUGUGGGAAGAGCUUUCAUCAGUCAAGCGGUCUAACGGCACACCUGCGUGUUCAUACAGGGGAGCGCCCGUACCACUGCUCCCAGUGUGGGAUGAGCUUUAAGAGUUCAUCUCACUUGACUCUACAUGAGCGAACCCAUACAGGAGAGCGCCCAUACCACUGCUCCCAGUGUGGACAAACCUUCAAGCACCCCAACAGUCUGAAGUUACACCAGCGUCGUCAUACAGGAGAGCGCCCAUACCAGUGCUCCCAGUGUGAGAUGAGUUUUAAAAGUAAAUCUCACCUGACGGUACACCAGCGAACACAUACAGGGGAGCGGCCAUACGACUGCUCUCAGUGUGGGAAGACCUUCCGCUGUAAGGCGAACCUGACGGUACACCAGCGAGUUCAUACAGGGGAGCGGCCAUACCAGUGCUCCCACUGUGAGAAGAGCUUUAAAUGUAAAUCUCACUUGAUGGCACACCAGCGAACCCAUGUAAGGGAGCAGCCCGUACCACUGCUUUGAGCUUUAAUAGUAAAUCUCAGCUAACUGUACACCGGCGAAUGCAUUUAGGAGGCUGCCUAUAACCCUGUCCCCAGUGUGGGAGGAGCUUCACAUGUAAGUCAAACUUGAACAUACAACAGAAUAUCCUUACAGUAAGUGUUAACAGGAGCUUCAGUGAAUAAGGUUGACAGACAUUACACCAACAUUCAUUAUACAGAGAGAAUGUACACGGCUAAAAAUGUGGUACAGCUGGUACAUUCCCAGAGAACACAAUAGAAAGGCUAAAGUGUCAUUCUGACUCCUCACUACACUACCAUUCACUACUUCUAUGAUGGUCUUCAUUUCUGUGGAAAAUGAAAUCAUUUGCAUAUGAACUUUCAGUGACUAAUGAAAUUUAAUGUUAUCCAUUUAAUACUAGGAAAUGCCUGGCGGUUGGAGGGCUCAUUGUAUUUGGUCCACAGAGUCUUUCUGUUUCUGAAUGUUGGAAUUAAAUUAUGUUUGUUUUAUUUGCUAAAAUAUACUCUUCUGUCUUACCCAUGUACAUGGUCAUUGAGUGCUCAGUAGGUUCACUUGCAUAUGCAAUAAACUUCAAUAUCUGCAGUGGU